UUUGUCUCUAGUAACCUUCAGUCUUUCUCAGGAAACCUUCACUCUGUCAACAUGUUGUCGUUUGUGUUGCUGCUGCUGUUAAUCAGCGGAGCUCAAGCUUCUUACUAUGGCGUCGUCUUUAGCUACUCUGUUGGAGAACUUCAGCCAUUAGGAUACCAAAAAACCGAGGACUACAGGGCGAGCUUCAGCUCAUGUGAAGAGUUUGUCUCUUCUUUUUGUGGUGGAGACUGUAGUGGGAGGACAGUUUAUCUAAUCGAUGAAAGCAGAGGUGAAUGGUGUCAGAAAGUAAAUAUUGAGAUUGGCUUGUCAUCCCUGAAUUCAUAUAGUACUGUGAUUAUUCCUACAACCUGGACAGAAAACAGAAAUGGGAUUGUAUCAUCAGUUUUUGAAUUGCACUUAGACUUGAGAAACCGUUCUGACAUCAACAAACCAGGUUCAUCACCCCAGACCAACAUCAUCCCUCUAGUGAGAGUUCCUUCAAACUGUCAGAGAAACAUCAACCUGCUGGUCUCUGAUCCAGAUGGAGACGACAUUAGAUGCAGAUAUGCAGCUGGUUCAGAGUGUUUCAUCUGCACUCCUCCGUCUGUCCUCAGCCUCUCAUCAUCUUGUUCUCUGUCAUUCAGUCCCACUAACAGCAGCAAUGAAGGUCCGUAUGCGGUUCAGAUGAUGGUGGAGGAUUUUCCCAGGCAGAACGUCACUCUGACUAAUAGUGUUGGUGUUCAGGAAGUGAAAACAACCAGUGACGCCAUCAACAAAAUUCCUAUCCAAUUUGUUUUCAGAGUGGAUCCUGCAGCUCCUUCCUGCACAGAAGGUGAAUAUCUGCCCAGGUUUCUGCCUCCAACUCCUGAACAUGGAGCUCAGAUCCUCACCAACGUUAACCAGACUCUAGAAAUCAUCGUCAGAGCAGAAGCAACUCAGGCUGAGACCACUCAGCUCCUGUUCAGCGGACCAAUAGGUUUAGCCAAGAGUUCAUCAGGAUCAGGAAACUUCAGCCUGACAUGGACACCAUCAGCCAGGGAUGCAGGACUGAAACAAACUCUCUGCUUUGUUGUCCAAGCAAACUCCUCCGGCUCCGUCUACCAGUCUGACUUUCGAUGUGUCUUUGUGACGACUGGGAGCACUGCAGCAACUGUUUCCCCUCCGACUACAACGGCAACCCCAUCAACUAUGUUCAUGACAAUCCAACCUCCGUUCACAACCACACCUUCACCAACUACAACUGCACCAACUACAACUGCACCAACUACGACUGCACCGACUACGACUGCACCCCCACCAACUACAACUGCACCCCCACCAACUACAACUGCACCACCACCAACAACAACUGCACCUCCACCAACUACAACUGCACCUCCACCAACUACAACUGCACCCCCACCAACAACAACUGCACCUCCACCGAUUAUAACUAUACUUCCACCAAUUACGACUGCACCUCCACCGACUACGACUGCACCUCCACCGACUACGACUGCACCUCCACCGACUACGACUGCACCUCCACCAACUACAACUGCACCUCCACCAACUACAACUGCACCCCCACCAACAACAACUGCACCUCCACCGAUUAUAACUAUACUUCCACCAAUUACGACUGCACCUCCACCGACUACGACUGCACCUCCACCGACUACGACUGCACCUCCACCGACUACGACUGCACCCCCACCAACAACAACUGCACCUCCACCGAUUAUAACUAUACUUCCACCACUUACGACUGCACCUCCACCCCCACCAACUACAACCAUACCCCCACCAAUUACGACUGCACCUCCACCAACUACAACCGAUCAACCCACCACAACAACUGCACUUCCUUCAACUACGAUUGUGUUCCCACCAACUACCAACCAACCCUCUGCAACAUUUGCACCAGGACCAUAUUAUGUUUUGGCUCUGAAUGUAAAGCUUUACACUUCACUAUCACUGGAGAAUGACUCUGCAACCAUCAUAAAGCUGAUCAAAGAUGAGCUGAAAAGACGAGGGCUGCCUCCAGAUAUAAUGUUAAAGCUGUUAAGUGAUGGUGUGGUGAAGGCGACAGCCUGAAUCUGAGCCUCAAUGUGGCUAGAAAUAUGUUUCCUUCAGUUUUUCUUCACAUUCAGGGGGUUAUACUUAUUUUGGUGAACCUUAAUGAAAAGUUAUUAUCCAGAAUACUCUAAUGCAUAAUAUUUCCAGUUGUUUACCAAUUAUAAAAUUGUAUAGUAACACUGUUUUUUUUCCUAGUAAUAGAAUAAAGCCUUUAAAAAGACAGCUUUUGGAUAAAAUUCAGUUUCCAGAAGAGCUUGGUAACAAAAUCAAAGGUCCUUCAUUUAGGAUCCCAGACUCGCUUCUCGAUGUUAAAAUCAAGGUUUUCUGCAUUCUUUGCAUUUUACGCUGGAAACGGUUCUUGAUGAUAUUUUGCUGACGGCUUUACCUUUCUGUUUUUGUGCAGAAUAAAUUUCUGUUAAAAGUAUUUUAUGUAGACACAGUCUAUCAUGGUUAAUAAACGUAAAAAGCUGAAAAGGCGAAAGUGAAAAGUUCUGGUUAUGAACAAAACUUGGCGUGAGAGGAAUGAUCCACAUGAAAGUAAUUGUUCUGUUAUGAAAUGCUGAUGAGUUUAAAGGUAAAAAAUUAGAAGCCUUAAACAAUUAUUUGAUGUAUUCCCUCUUGCAUUAUUGUGUUUUAUGCACCAGCAGGGCCAUGUGAGAAUAAAAACAGAGAAAAUGGGAAAACACAGUUUUUUUGUUGUUUUUUUUUGUUCUCCCUAUGUAAAUAAAGUUUAU